UCCGUGAUAUGAAUCACCUAUUUUUAUUGAUGAUAUUAUUCAUCAUUAAUACCAUCUAUUUUAUUAGUAUGGAUAAUGCGCAACAAUUGAUGAUGAUCAUUGAAAUUUGGACUAUCGAUUACGUCACUGCAGUUAAACCAAUCACAGCUCGAACCUGAGCACCACCCGGAAAUGAGUUCGUUGCUCUGCUCGCGUGUGUCAAGCAAGACCACGCAGGUCGUGUACAAAACAAAACAAAACAAAACAGUCCAGGUUCAAUUGAUCUGACUGACUGAAUUGUCAAAUGGCCUCAGACGAUGCAUACAAAGUGUCUUCCCUGAAGGGAAAAGUGAGCCUGAUCACCGGUGCCAGCUCAGGUAUCGGCGCAGGCACGGCCGUCCUGUUUGCCAAACUUGGAGCUGUUCUGGCUCUCAAUGGCAGAAAUGUGGAGAGUCUGAAGAAGGUGGCCAAGGAGUGUGCCGAGUGUGGUGGAGGAACCGAGCCCUUGCUUUUGCCCGGCGACCUGACGGACGAGGACGCGGUGAAGAGGACGGUGGAGGACGUCAUGGCGCGCUUCGGCCGACUGGACGUCCUGGUGAACAGCGCCGGCAUCCUGGCCAUGGGCGGCAUCGAGACGUCAGACUUGGCGACGUACGACAGGGUUAUGAACAUCAACGUCAGAUCUGUGUACCAGCUGACCCAACUCUGCGUGCCUCACCUGGUCAAGACCAAAGGCUCCAUCGUCAACGUAUCCAGCGUUAAUGGGCAGAGAUCGUUCCCUGGCGUCCUGGCCUAUUGUAUGUCCAAGUCAGCCAUUGAUCAAUUCACUCGCUGUGUCGCGCUGGGUGAGUCAGCAGUUUUACCUAACAAUGCUCCCUCCCUCCAUGCACACAAAAAAGGGCAAUUACCAACGUGUUUUUUGAUUUCAGAACUGGCGUCGAAGCAAGUUCGAGUCAACUCGGUGUGUCCUGGUGUGAUUGUCACAGAAGUGCACAAGAGGGCGGGACUGGAUGAAGAGCAGUAUGCCAAGUUCCUAGAAAAGUGCAAGCAGACUCACGCACUUGGCCGACCGGGCGAAGUGGACGAGGUGGCCCACAGCAUCGCCUUCCUGGCGUCGGACGCAGCUACUUUCAUUACCGGAGUCAACCUUCCCAUUGAUGGCGGCCGCCACGCUAUGUGCCCACGAUAAACCUUCACUGUAUAAUUACUAGGAGAUAAAAAAGUAAGCCUACCUCUGAGUUGUGUUUCCAAGAGUAAAUAGUUGAGUUAUUCCAAAUUCAAAAGAGUAUUUUGAUUGGUGCUCAAUAUAAAAAUGAUAACUGUAGCUUUAGAAAAUAAACAUUUAUUGAACAAAA